UAUUUUCAUACAAAGAUUUUCUGGCGCCGAAGGUAGAAAUGGGGAUCACUUGAGAACAGUUAUUGCGUAUCAGAACUCAGAAGUAGAAUUUUGGGCCCAACCUCAGUAAUUGCUUUGAGUCCUUGCUUUAACCAAAAGCCAUUAUUAUAAUAAGCAGGAUGGAAGGAAAGGCCAAUCCCUCUGCCACGUUCCCAGAAUCACGUUUUUGUUUAUUAAUAUUAUGUUUCAUUUGCAUUUGCCUGAUUCAGAGACCGGAGGGAAAGGAGAGGAUGAGGAACACUUGUUUUAUGUUCCUUCUCGGAACAGCGUUAGGGGUAGGGAUCUUGGUUGGAGUUUGUAAAGCUCAGCUUGCUUAUGAUUACUACAAGUAUUCAUGUCCGAACGUGGAGAACGCUGUGAGAAAAGUUAUGCUCGGGGUUGUCUUGACCGACCCCACUGCACCGGCUGCUUUCCUCAGGCUCUUGUUUCACGACUGCCAAGUUCAGGGAUGUGAUGCAUCAAUCCUGCUGGAUUCUGGAGCUCUAAGAGGCAACUCUGAAGUAGUUUCUGGAAGGAAUUUUGGCAUUAGAAAGCUGGAAACAAUCGAGUAUAUAAAAUAUAUACUCGAAGCAGUGUGUCCAGGGCAGGUCUCUUGUGCAGAUAUCAUUGCCUUGGCAGCCAAGGAAUCAGUUUCACUCUCGGGAGGACCCAAUAUUCAGAUCCCUCUUGGAAGAAAGGACUCUACCACUUGUAGUCGCCAAGCAGCUGAUACCCAUCUUCCUUCGCCUGAUAUAACAGUCGAUCAACUACUCAACAUCUUCAUGUCUAAAGGCUUAAACGUUGAGGAAUCGGUUGCCAUCAUGGGAGGGCAUACGGUAGGAGGUGGGCACUGCCUAAACAUCGCGGGCAGAUUAUAUGGUCGACAUCCUGACAACCCGAUAAAUCCUGGCUUUGAAGCCUUGCUCAGAUUAUAUUGCCCUACCAAAACUCCAGUAACCAACCUCACCAUCGUGCCCAACGACAAGACUCCCUUGAUCUUUGAUAACCUCUAUUUCAGAGAUGUUUUAAUGGGAAAGGGCCUCUUCACUGUUGAUUCAAGCAUUUCCAGGGAUCCACGCACUGCACCCAUAGUCAGACAGUUUGCUGCCAACGUUCACCAUUUUUUCCAGGUGUUUUCUUCUGCAUUCGUGAAGCUAUCUUCCUCUAAUGUCCUUACGAAGGAAAAGGGCCAAGUUAGAAGGGAAUGCAACCGAGUGAACUAAGAAAACAAACGAUAAACAGUGGCAUUCAAUCCCAAAAUAAGUGUAAAGUUUUAAGUCAUGCUAGAACAUGACUAGCUAAUAUUUAGAUAGGCCAAAUACUGGUGCUGUUCCUUUGGAAUAUCUAUAAACAUUGUAAUUAUGGAGUUGUUACACUAAAAAUGAUUAUAGAA